AUGACGGUGGUGGGUGUUAUAUUUAGAAUUCACAUAUGCUCCUGCUCUUCCACAGCUAAAGUUUUUGUCCAUGAAUGGGCCCAUCUUCGUUGGGGAGUUUUUGAUGAAUAUAGUUAUGAUGCACCUUUCUAUGUGUCUGUAAACUCUGGAAAAGAAACUGUUGAAGCAACUAGAUGUUCAGCUGAUAUCACUGGUAAAUAUAUAGUCCAAAGCUGCACAAAAAACAACUGCACGACAAGAGAAUGUGAAUAUGAUCAACAGACAAAGCUGUUUGAAGCUGGAUGUACAUUUGUACCAGACAAAAGACAAAAUGUCCGAGCAUCUAUAAUGAACAUGCAAAGCCUCUCUUCUGUGGUUGAGUUCUGUGAUCAAAGUACUCAUAAUGAAAAGGCUACAAAUCUGCAGAACAAAAUGUGCAACUACAAAAGCACCUGGGAAGUGAUUAUGAACUCUACGGACUUCAGUAACACCUCUGCAAUAAAUAGCUCAAGUCCUCCAUUUGAGACCUCCUUCUCAUUGCUGCAGACCAAAGACAGAGUAGUCUGUCUAGUACUUGAUGUUUCUGGGAGCAUGAUUGUGUAUAACCGCAUUAAACGUCUGCAGCAAGCUGCGGAGAUAUUCCUGCUACAGAUUAUCGAAAUGGAUUCCUGGGUUGGAAUUGUCACAUUCGAAUCUACAGCACAAAUUACAUGUAAUCUACAACAAAUAGUCAAUGAGACUGUACGCCAGGAUCUUAUCACAUACCUGCCUACAAAAACUGAUGGAGGAACUAACAUCUGCGCAGGAGUACGCAAAGGAUUUGAGGUGAUUAAACAAAAAUACUCUAAUCUCGAUGGUUCUGAAAUUGUACUGCUGACAGAUGGAGAGGAUAAGAAUAUGAACAAUUGCCUUACGGAGGUGAAAAACAGUGGAUCAAUCAUUCAUAUUGUUGCCUUGGGGUCAAAUGCUGCUCAAGAACUAGAACAAUUUUCAAACAUGACAGAAGGCUUAAAGUUUUAUGCCACCGAUACAGUUGAUUCCAAUGGCCUAAUUGAUGCAUUCAGUGGAAUUUCAUCAGGAAGUGGAAAUAUUUCUGAACAGUCUAUUCAGGUCUGAGUUUCAAAUUUUGUU